GCAGCAUCCGGGUUCGAAACAAUCCCAUCGGCGCGGAGAGAGAGAUGUUCUGAGCGCGAGGCUCCUGUAAGCCGCCCCCCGCCCUCGGGAAAACAAAAACACUGGAGCCAGAAAUGCUCCACCGCCCAGCUGCGGACUGCCUUAACAGGCUCAUGUGAUGAUUUUCUCAUGGUUAUAAUUUUUAUUUUUUAUUAUUUUUGGAAUCGAUCUCUGGCCGUUUUGACGUUAGUUUGCUGGCUAAUUGGCUAGCCAUCGAUUGGUGUGUGUUGUGGCUGUGAGCGCAGCGCUGGUUUAUAGUGUUUGCUCUCCGGCCCAACAUACUGAUAUUAAGGCUCUUACCCGCGAGUUUUGUGCCUCGGUAUUUCUUCAUCCAGCAAAGACCACGAAGAAACUGGAGCAAAAUAAGAAGAAUGGGUGCGUUCUUAGACAAGCCAAAGAUGGAGAAGCACAAUGCUCACGGGGAGGGGAACGGCCUCCGUUAUGGACUCAGCAGUAUGCAGGGAUGGCGUGUGGAGAUGGAGGACGCACACACUGCUGUGAUGGGGCUACCUUACGGCCUCGGCCUGUGGUCCUUUUUUGCCGUUUACGAUGGGCACGCAGGCUCUCAGGUUGCCCGUUACUGCUGUGAGCAUCUGCUGGAACAUAUUACCAGCAACCCAGACUUCAGGGGAGGGUGCUCAGGAGGUGCGGAUUUAGUUGCUGCCGAGCCCUCAGUGGAGAGUGUGAAAUGUGGAAUCCGCACAGGCUUCCUGCAAAUCGACGAGCACAUGCGGGCCAUGUCCGAACGCAAGCAUGGUGCUGACCGCAGUGGCUCUACGGCGGUGGGUGUGAUGAUUUCCCCUCAUCAUUUCUAUUUCAUCAACUGCGGUGACUCCAGAGCCUUGCUGAGCCGCAAGGGUCGCGUUCACUUCUUCACCCAGGACCACAAGCCGUGUAACCCUCUGGAAAAGGAGAGAAUCCAGAAUGCAGGUGGUUCUGUUAUGAUCCAGAGGGUCAACGGCUCCCUCGCCGUCUCCCGCGCUCUUGGCGACUUCGACUAUAAGUGCGUCCAUGGGAAAGGCCCCACUGAGCAGCUGGUGUCCCCAGAGCCAGAAGUGUAUGAGAUCGAACGCUCUGAUGCCGAGGAUGAAUUUGUGGUGCUGGCCUGCGAUGGUAUAUGGGACGUCAUGGCCAAUGAAGAACUGUGUGAUUUUGUGCGCUCGCGCUUGGAAGUGACAGACGACCUGGAGAGAGUGUGUAAUGAGAUUGUGGACACCUGCUUGUACAAGGGUAGUCGAGACAACAUGAGUGUGGUGCUGGUAUGUUUUCCUGGUGCCCCAAAAGUCAACCCAGAAGCCGUGAAGCGAGAGGCAGAGCUAGAUAAGUACCUGCAGAACAGAGAGGGUGGAGCAUGUAAAAAGGCGAAUAAAUAAAAAUGUAUUACAAAGACGAAGAAAGAGAGUUAUAGAAAGUGAGCAUUCUUACUUAACUAGGUGAGUUUGUUAGAGGGCUGUUUACACUUGCCAAUUAAAUAUACGUUACAGUUAACGUAAAGUUUCCAAUUAACGAAUCCCCAUAUUGGAGAGGAAAGACUCACUGGUACUGUAUUAGCACAGUUAGGACUAUUCAGGAUCAAUUUUACCAGAGAGAAUCACAACAGUGUGAAUUUAUUUGAGCUUGUAUUGAUAAUUCGAGGCCUUUGAUUAUUUAUUGCCAAUAUUGAACAGCACUUACACAAUUUAGUGGUAGCCUGUAGCUUUACCUGAGGUUUUAUUGUAGUGCAUCCAAAAAUCCUCCGCUCCUGUGCGUAUACACGUCUGUAUUGGCGUAUUAUUAGCUACUAAGUGAUGGUGAGUAAGUGCAAUUGUAGAUUAGGAAAAAGGAAUGACAAAACCCAACAUUUGGUUCUGCACUUUGUCAUUAAACGCUGCUAUACUUAAAGGCAUCUUCUAUUAAUAAGAGAGAGAGACCAAAAUUGAGAUCUCAGUUAGAAUACAAUAUGUUUGUGUGUUCAAACAGGAUUAAUUACAAAGUGUAGUUUUGCGUUUGUUCUUCGGAUAGUUGUAUUCAUCCACUCGUACGAGUUUGUUUAAGUCUGGCACCCGUUUCAUUUGCAUCUUUCUGAAAAGUCGUUCUAGAUGAGAGUGAAUGUCAGGCCUCCUCUGCUGAUUACCUGAAAUUGUAGCUGACACUACUGUACAUGGCCUGAUGGUGCAGUUUUAUGUCUACAGCAGUGGCCAUGAGCAUUUUAAUCUGCAUGAUUCCUGUUCUGUAAUAUGGAACAUUGUUGCCUUAGUCCUAAUUUACAGCAACUACCUUGAUUAGACUCAGUAGGUUAGCACUUGGUACCCAACUCCAGCUGCUUGGAAGAGUAAUAUUAAAUCCAAUGAACACAUGGUAUCGAAAGCAUGCACAGUACCGAUAGCACGAUAAGUUGUGUACACCUCCUGCAUGUACGCUACAUUAAAAAAAAAACAGGGAUAGAUCUUAUUUAGAGUUAAGUUGGUCUGACAGAAGUUUAACACUAUGUACAGUAUACAUUUGUAACCCCUGAAGAACAGCUUCCGUGUGAACUGAACAUAGUAUUUGAAAGAUUGUGUCAAUGUUUUACAAUCCUCUCCGAGUUGUUUACUACUUGUUGCCUCAAACUGACACUUUGUCAAUCCUCUGGUUUGUCUAUAUAACUAUUAAGAAAUAUUAUGUAGUUAGGAAAUUCUAGGUACAUAGAGUGGGAUUCAGCCUGUCAGCACUUUCUGAGAUGUAGAUCCUUGUUGGUACAAUGAUGUAAUAUUUAUAGUACAAUAAUUGUACACCUGCUAUUUAAAACCCUACAAGAUUUGGCUUUUUCUCUUUCUGUACUUAAGAUCUUGCAAGUGUUUCAUUUAAUGUUCAUAUUUUUGAACCCCUUGGACUUGUCCUAACAUGGUGCGACGCUUCAAGAAUUCAACGCCAAGCAAUUCGUCUAUUGUUUAAGUGAUAGUUCACGUAAAAUUGAAAAUUCUUUCAUCAUUUACUCACCCUCAUGUCGUUCCAAGCUCAUAGAAACUUAUUGAAAGCUUUGGAUCCCAUUGAGUUACAUGAUAUGGACAAAAAUUGUAAAACUCUUAAUUUGAAAAAUAUCUUUGUGUUAUGCAGAAGAAAGAAAAUUCUUUGAGGUUUGGAGUAAAUGAUGACAGAAUUCUCAUUUUUGGCAGAACUAAAAAUGGGUCAAUCAGUCACAAAACUUCCCACUGUUUGCUUGCUCUUUCACUUUCUCUAUUUGUCAUAGAAUAUGUGAUGAUUCAAACGUCCACAAACAGUUUCUCCUCAUCCGUGGUUGAUGUUUAAUAUACAUGAAGUAGUACCUCAGUCUAGUUCAUUUUGAGUGUGGACGAGGCGACCGGCACAUAAAAAGGAACCACGCUACAAACAAAAUAUAGCGUUUUAUCGCUUCGCACCUGGUUAGGACACGGAAUAAGAACAGAAACUGAUUUUCUUGGCUGCAUUGGUAAAGGAUGGGGUGUUCUUUUUAUUUAUCCAAAUUUCCCCUUACAGCCAAAAGAUCCCAAGUGUUUUUAGCAUGUCUUUGUGUUUUACUAGAAUAUAUAUUUUAGCUUUAAGAUGUUUAACUGAAUGAAAAACAUAGCGUGCCUGCUCUGAGAGAACUCUUGGGAUUAAAAUGAUUGUAGGUCAUUCCUGUACCAUAUCAAUUUCAUUUUGCUUGAUUUGCUGUAUUUCCUCACUGUUUGAAAUGGCUUGACACACCUGCUGAUAAUCCACUGUUUAUUAAAUUAGCCUUAAUUAUUUUCUUCCAUAAUAGCACAUUUGAGAUCUGUAUGCUUUGAUGAGACAUGUCACGUGUUUAUAUACCUACAAAGAGUGACAAGGUCCUUCUGGGAGAGCCUUUAAUUGUGCCUACGAGUGAGUCUAUGGCCAGUUGUAGCAUUUAAAUUAACUUUUUAAGUCUUUUGAGGUGGUUUUGUUUGUUUGUUUGGUAACAUUAUAGUCCACUCAUGCAUAAUUGCAUUGGUGAGCAUACUUAGCCCCUUAUAAAAAGUGCCAUGCGAGUGAUUUAAACCAUUCACCUAAGAUUAUCGCAAAGCACAACCCCAACCCCCAAUGAGUCAAACAUUGGGUGGGACUCUUAGUGGAAAUAUUGCCUUACUGAAAAACAAAGCAGGCAUUAAAUGGGCCAAAAAGUGUUGUAUAAGACAUUGCCUUGAUUUCUAACACUGUAGCACGAUCAAAUUGAGACGUAGUUGACAUUUCCUUUCCCUAUACAAGAGUGCCCUUCUUCAAAGUUCAUUGGAUUUUCAGUGAAGCAACCAACUGCAAAUAAAAUACACCUUUGUAACACAGGAUCAUUUCAAAAUAUAUAUUCUGGAGUGUUAAUCUAGGGCAAACAGAGCCCUCUUAUUGUCAUACUUCCGCUGUGUUGUGCUGUUGGUCCCUGUGUGUCACUUCUGUCUUUACCUCUCAGGUCCAAACUGACAAGCAACAGAGGACACUAUUUAUUUGAAUUAUUUAUUGUCUUUUACCUCUUUUGAAUGAAACUGUUCUUGCAUUCCAUUUUAUUUAGCCAAAUAAGCACUACUAAUGCAAUGAAAAGCUUAUAUUCUUUUUUCCUUGUAUUUGUUAUACAUCCAUGUCAUGAGUAGUCCACGUGAACUGAAAGUUAUGUGAGUUAAAAAUGCACCAUGUCUCGGGUUCAUCUACACAAAGUAGUUUCUUCACAUGAUGUUUGUUCUUUUCACUAUACUGUCAGAGUAGAUCGGUCCAAGGUUGACGAUGUGUAAGGGUUACAAUCUAUGAUCGGUCCUUUCUUAACCCAGCAGACUGUUUGUGUCUGUGUUUGUUCAAUUUUACCUCUCAGAAGGUAACAGUUUUAUAAAGCUCAUUUUGAAAGAUUUUUCAAAUACAAUUUCAUAGAAAAGUAUUUCAAUAUUAGAGGGUGAGCACCCUGUAUUUUCUUUCUUUAGUUUUUAUUUUUGUACAUUAGCACCCGGGUAUUAGCAAUGUAGACAAACUGUGAUCUUGUCAUUCUUGGCUGUCAAAGAUGAUUCAAAUAAAAUUAUUUAUGAAAACCCUGAA